AUGCUCAUCAUCUCGUCUCGCAGCGCGCUGCUGUCCGUCUACUACCCGCAGAUCUUCCUCAUCCUCACCAGCGGUAGCUACCUGACGUUAUCAUCCGUGGUCGCGCUGGGCGCCAACAUCAUCUGCAACAAGAUACCGGGCCUGGCGCCGCGCCAACGGGCCCUCUGCCAGAGCCGCCCGGACGCCAUCAUCGUCAUCGGCGAGGGCGCCCAGCUGGGCAUCAACGAGUGUCAGUACCAGUUCCGCUACGGGCGCUGGAACUGCUCGGCCCUGGGCGAGAGGACGGUCUUCGGACAAGAGCUGAGAGUAGGCAGCCGGGAAGCGGCUUUCACUUACGCCAUCACGGCUGCCGGCGUGGCCCACGCGGUGACCACGGCGUGUAGCCAGGGCAACCUGAGCCAAUGCGGCUGCGACCGUGAGAAGCAGGGCUACCACGACCGGGAGGAGGGCUGGAAGUGGGGCGGUUGCUCGGCCGACGUCAAGUACGGCGUGGAGUUCUCGCGGCGCUUCGUGGACGCCCGUGAGAUCAAGAAGAACGCCCGGCGCCUCAUGAACCUGCACAACAACGAGGCAGGGCGGAAGAUCCUCGAAGAGAGGAUGAAGCUGGAGUGCAAGUGCCACGGCGUUUCCGGUUCCUGCACCACAAAGACCUGCUGGAUCACCCUGCCGAAGUUCAGAGAGAUCGGUUACCUGCUCAAGGAACGCUACGGCACCGCGGUCCAAGUCGAGCCGGUCCACGCAUCCCGCCUCCGCCAGCCUUCCUUUCUCCGGCUCAAAGAAGGCCAGGGCUACCAGAAGCCUACCGACACCGACCUGGUGUAUCUGGAGCGCUCGCCCAACUACUGCGAGGAGGACAGGGCCACGGGGAGCACGGGGACGCGGGGCAGACUCUGCAACGGGACGUCCUCGCACACGGACGGGUGCAACGUCAUGUGCUGCGGCCGGGGCUACGACACGCACCACUACACGCGGGUCUGGCAGUGCAACUGCAAGUUCCACUGGUGCUGCGUCGUCAGGUGCAACACCUGCAGUGAGAAAUCCGAAGUUUUUACCUGCAAGUAAAAAGGUGUUAAUGGAAAGAGUCAGGGGAUUUAUUCAAAGUAUUUAUUCAAACAUUUUGCACAAUUUUGACAUCCUUCAGGAGAGGAGGUGUAAACCUCACUUUCCACGCUGGUAUGAAAAUAACCUGCCAGAGAAAGGAUAAGUUACGGAAAGGCUUUACAUCUUGACAAAGUUGAAACCGACAAUACAGAAAAGAUGUCUAAAAAUAUGUAUCGAUGGGAUUUCGAGGGGGACACUGGGAACACGCUUAACUGGAAAUGCUGCAGUUCAAAUUGAGGUGGGGGGGGGAGACACACACCGAUGGCUAAAAAGCAGGAACAAGACUGUAAACCACACUGUAUUCUGUUUGAACACUGAAAUUAAAAGUAAAAUAAUUUAUGUUACGCUUUGUUUGCAUAACUCUAGAGGAUGGAAAUGACAGCGACUCACCACGCUUUUUGCUUCUCUUUUUUUGAGCUACUGCUGCAAACUGGACUUCUGCGGCGUCUUCGGUGUCGAUGAAAUAUUCAGCCAACUCCUGUCCUUGGUCACCACGAUCAGUAAUCUUCACGUCACGUUUAAAGCUAUUGAUUAAGCACGGGGUCGGGGGUCUUUUCUCCAGCUCGCUCUAUUUUUAGCAUCCAACCACGUGUGUGUGUGUGUGUGUGCGUGUGUUUGUGUGAACAGCACUUUCCAUCUCGACUGUGUUCAUUGUUUUGUUUUCGUACGGCUGAGAAAAGCACGCAAGGCCCGCCGGAACGCCACCGGGGCGGCGCGGCCAGGUCGGGCUUACGGCGGACAUUCCCAUGAAUGGCUCCCACCCGGAAUUCCACGCUUCCAGCGCCGUUUAAGCCCGCCUGGGUGGAUGGCAUGUGAUUUAACCACACAGACCAAAGGCUGGGGGGGUUGGGGGGGGGUGAACCACUCAAAAGGGCCUUGCAGCUAUUUUUGGCCCAUCACCCAUCAUGUGUUAAAUAAUGUUUAUUUAGGCUUUAUAUAACGGACAAAACCAUUUGAAGAGUAUAUUUUUAUAUGAGGAACGUGGCACUUUAUGUCAUUUAUAAAUGGAAAGGACGUCGCCAUUGAAUAAGUGUUUAGUAAAAAAAAAAAA